AUGGCGGACACAGACAGCCUGAUCGUCGGCUUCCAGACACAGCUGUCAGACGUGAUGGAGACCGUGGUGAAGAGCGCCAUGUACGAGGUGACCAGGCUGGUGGAGGAUAGUCUGCUGCCCGAGCUGAAGGCCAGGGGGCAGGAGGUGAUCAGACUGAGGCUCCGACUGCAGACCACAGAGGACCAGCUCCGAGAGGCGCAGAGGACUGAAGCCAGGGCAGAAGUCACACAAGAGCAGGAGGACAACAUACAAAUACACACAGAUUUUAUUGGUGGAGGCCAUAAAAUGGAAGAUAUUACCAGUGUGGAUAAUAGCAGGUGUGUAAGCCGCUCGGGACCAACGCAGGAACUAGACAAUACUGUUGCCUCUUUGCAUGCAGUUUGGAUUCCACAGGCAAUAUUGGAGGACUGUGGUAAACUAAUUGACAACAUAAAGAAAGAACCGGUUGAACCAACACAUUGUUCGUCUUUGAAUUUGGAUACAUGGAGAGUCCCACCUGACGAGGCACCAUCUAAAUGUCAAAAUGCAAGUUCAAGGACUGAGGAACCAGACAACCAUAAUGAGUUACUGCGGAACAUUGUUCCACAAAACAUGGACCCACGAAUAUCUGCUUCAUAUGGCCCUCCCUCUUUAUCCCUGUCUGCACAGAGAGCUCAUGUAGGCAACAAACAUGCUCUUAACCACAGUGGCUCCCCCUGGAGCAAACAGACUUCAAAUUCUCUUCACACAAACGCUUCUCUUAAUUUCAACUCAAACCUGGAUCCCAAGCCGAUAUUUCGUUGUGGACAGUGCGGAAAAUGUUUCCCUCAUCCCAGUAACCUGAAGUCCCACCUCCUGACGCACACCGGGGAGCGGCCUUUCUGCUGCUCGCUCUGUGGACGAACUUUCACCAAACUGAGCAACCUGAAGGCCCACCGCCGCGUGCACACCGGAGAGCGGCCGUACAGCUGUGUGUCCUGUGGGAAACGCUUCACUCAGAACUGCAACCUGAAGCGCCACCAGAGGAUUCAUUUAGAUGUUUGA